UUUAAAAAAAAAUCCAGAAAACUGAUUAUACCAGAUUUGUUUUCACUCUCGCAGACUCUAGCCAUCUAUGAUCGGUUUGGCAGGUUAAUGUAUGGACAGGAAGAUGUGCCCAAGGAUGUCUUGGAGUAUGUGGUGUUUGAAAAACACCUGACGAACCCGUACGGAAGCUGGAGAGUACAUGGCAAGAUUGUGCCCUCAUGGGCACCCCCUAAGCAGCCUAUCCUCAAGACGGUGAUGAUUCCUGGUCCCAAGCUGAAUCCAGGGGAAGACUAUGAAGAAGCACAAGGAGAGGCCCACAAGCCUCAGCUAGCCUAAUAGCAGAAGGAUUUCUAAGGGGGAAGCUUGGGUGAUGCAGCUGCUGCAAGCUGCGAGUCACCCGCCAUCAUCAAGCUUCAAUUGUUGCCUCUUGUUCUGCUUGAGUCUCUUCAUCAGACUGGUCCUCACAACUGUAGCUAAUGACUAGGCCCAGGUGGAUGGCUGGUAUGCACAGCACAGCUCUUCUUCUUUCUAAAAGAACUGAAUCACAUGAAGGCAAUAUGUUUCAGAGAAUGAGCAUCAGAUACCAGCUUGUUCACAGCAGGGACUGUGGAAACAAAUUGGCAGCAUUCUUUUCCUCAUCACAGGGCAGGGAUCACAGUUUAAAAUAAAACAUUUUCAGCAUGUUGGACAAAU